AUGUCCCGGAAUAUACUUGUCACUGGCGCCACAGGCAAGCAAGGCGGCGCCGUUGUCCAGGCCUUACUCAAUCGCUAUCCCUCCAAGUUCACCAUCCUCGCCGUCACGCGCAAUGCGCAGUCCCCGACUGCCCUUCGCUUGGCCCAGAAGUCUUCUUCCGUCAAGGUCGUUGAGGGUGAUCUCGACAACGUAUCGAGUCUCUUCAAAGCCACUGAGAAGGUCGCCUCAGGGCCGAUUUGGGGUGUCUUUUCUGUCCAAGCUGUUGUGGGCAACGGAGCGACUUCCGAGACCGAGUUGAGACAAGGCAAGGGGCUGAUCGAUGAAUCAAUCAAGCACAACGUGCGACAGUUUGUCUACUCGAGUGUCGACCGCGGUGGCAACGAUUACUCGUGGAACAACCCGACCAAUAUCCCGCAUUUCCAGGUCAAGAACCAGAUCGAAAAGUACCUUCGGGAUCAAACCGCAAAUGGCAAAAACAGCAUGGGUUGGACGAUCCUGCGACCUGUCAUCUUCUUUGACAACAUUGCGCCUGGUUUUGAGGCCAAGGUCUUUAUGACCAGUUACCGCGACGUAAUGAAGGAUAAACCGCUGCAAUGGAUCGCCACUUCAGAUAUCGGCGUCUUUGCAGCCGAGGUUUUUAACGACCACGAGCGUUUCGCAAAGAAAGCAAUUGGUAUCGCUGGAGAAGAGCUCACAUUCAGUGAUAUGAAUCUGGUCUUUAAACAGGUCACAGGCCAUGGCAUCGGAACGACGUUUCGCGUGCUGGGCAAAGCGUUGAAAGCUGGAGUAAAGGAGGUUGGCACUAUGUUGGAUUGUUUCAAGGCAGAAGGAUAUAACGCCGAUAUUCAGUUGGCCAAAAGUAUUCACCCUAAUGUGAAGGGGUUCCGGGAGUGGCUGAAGCAGGAUAGUGCUUUUACCCAACGCUGA